AGUGAGAUGACGACAGCUACCCCAGCCUACAUCAGCUCAAAAGUGAAACUGUUGCUGCAUUUGAACCUUGCUUCUGCUAGAGGAUGAACGCAGAACAACAGGACUGGUUGAUCACAUGACUAAUUCGGAAAACAGAUAUGGCUUGUGUCCCAGAGCUGCUCUUGGCCACUUUGGAGGAGCUGGUUGAUAAAGAGCUAAGGAUUUUCCAGUGGUUCCUUUACAGUAAUGUUCUUGAAGGAUUCCCUCAUAUUCCAAAGUCUCGGAUCGAUGGGGUAGACAGGCUGGGCUCUGUGGAUCUUUUGGUGCAGACAUAUGGCUACGACGGUGCUGUUACAGUCACAGUGGAUAUACUGAUGAGGAUGAAACUCAAACUGUGGGCUGAAACACUAAAGAAGAAGUACGAUGAAGUUUCAAGCAAUCAAGUAGGCAAAGAAAUCGACCACCAUGUAAUCAGAGAAAAACUGAGAUCCACCCUGAAGGAAAAGUACCAAAACAUUUACGAGGGUAAUGCAGAUGAAGGAGACAGCGUCUACCUGAACAAAAUCUACACUGAGCUGCAUGUGAUCGAAGGAGCCUGGGGAGGCUUCAGUGAGGAUCACGAGGUCAGACAGCAGAGGUACAACCAAGUGACAACAGAAGAAACCUCCAUUAAAGCUAGCGACAUUUUCAAACCAAAGCCCAACCAAGAGAAGCGAAUCAGAACUGUGCUUACGCAGGGUAUACCCGGAGUGGGUAAAACUGUCUGUGCACAGAAGUUUACCCUGAGUUGGGCAGAAGGAGAGGAAAAUCAGGACAUCACCUUCCUCUUCCCGCUUCCUUUCCGUGAACUGAAUCCCAACAUAGGAGAAAAGGACUACAGUCUGAUGCAGCUGCUCCAUCAGUUCUUCCCUGAGAUGAAACCUCUUGAGACGCUGGGAAGAGAAUGCAAAGUCCUCUUCAUCUUUGAUGGCCUGGACGAGACUCUCCUCCCCUUGAACUUCAAGCACAACAAGGUUUUGAGAGAUGAGACGGAGCCGGCCUCGCUAGAUGUGCUGAUCACCAACCUCAUCACGGGAGAUCUGCUCGGCAAGGCUCUCAUCUGGAUCACAUCCAGACCUGCCGCAGCUAGCCGGGUCCCUCGAAAGUACAUCCACCAGUGGACAGAGGUGAAGGGCUUUGCUAAUGAACAGAGGGAGGAAUACUUUAAGAGACGUUUGCAUGAUGAUAACCUCGCCAUGAGGAUCAUCAACCAUGUGAAGUCAUCAAGAAGCCUCUACAUCAUGUGUCAGAUACCAGUUUUCUGCUGGAUCACAGUCACUGUAAUGAAGAAAAUGUUGCGCGACAAUGUGACAGGAGGCAUGCCCUACACCCUGACCGAGAUGUACACGUAUCUCCUUCUCUGCCAGACAGACCGGAUGAUAGAAGGGCACUACCCGAUGGAAAGCAACAAUGUUGUUUUGAAGCUAGCAGAGCUGGCGUUCCGUCAACUGGAGAAAGGCAAACUGAUCUUCUACGAGGCUGACUUGAAAGAGUGUGGCAUGGAUGUCAAAGAGGCAACCAUUUACUCAGGAGUUUGUACAGAGGUCUUCAUGGUGGAGGGCAGAAGGACGAAAGAAGUUUUUAGCUUUGUACAUUUAACCAUCCAGGAGUUUCUGGCAGCUGUGUAUGCCCAUCACUCCUACAUGCAAAGAAAAGAAAAUGUUCUUCUUGGAUACCUGAAAAGAAUAUCUACAAGAUGGCUCCCCAAGUCUGUGUUCAGUUUUCACAAGACUGCCAUCGAAAAAGCCUUGGAGAGUCGAGACGGCCACUGGGACCUCUUCCUUCGCUUUCUCCUGGGACUGUCGCUGAAGUCAAACCAGGAGCUCCUGGGUAGAAUACUGUGUUUAGAAGCAGAAGGAGAGGAGGAUGUGGUGAAAACCAUCCAGUUUAUUAAGGAGAAGAUCAAAGAGGAACCAGAGGCCAAGCUCAACCUGUUCCACUGUCUGAGUGAGCUCAAAGAGGAGUCUUUGGUGCAGGAGGUCCAGAGCUUUAUGAGUUCUGGGAGGCUUGCAGCUAAAAAGCUGUCUCCGGUCCAGUGGUCUGCUCUCACUUUUGAACUUAUGACAUCAGAGGCAACAGAGGAGGAGUUCGACUUGAAGAAGUACAUAAGAUCAGAAGAAGGGGUAGUGAAGCUGCUGACCGUCAUUACUUCCUCCACACGUGCUCUGCUUAAUCGCUGCAACCUCACUGAGCUCUGCUGUGAAGUUCUGGCCUCUGCGCUGAGCUCAUCCUCCUCUCACCUGACAGAGCUGGACCUGAGUGACAACAAGCUGAAGGACUCAGGGGUGAAGCUACUUUCUGUUGGAUUAGGGAGUCCACAUUGUAAACUAAAGAAUUUAAGAUUACAUAAGUGUAAACUGGAAGGAGACUGCUGUGAAGCACUGGCUGUUGCUCUCAGCACAGACUCUACCCGACUCAGAGAACUGGACCUAAGUGCUAAUGACUUCCAGGAAGCAGGAGUGAAGGCUCUGUGUGUGGGACUGCGCAGCCACCACUGCAAACUAGAAACAGUUAGGCUGAAUCAGUGCAAGCUCAAAGAGAAUUGCUGUGCAGAUUUGGCUACAGUUUUGAGUUCAGGCACAUCCCACCUGAAAACUCUUGACCUGAGCAACAACAGCCUAAAGGAUUCUGGUGUAUCUCUGCUUACUGCUGGACUAAGUAAUCCACACUGUAGACUGGAAACAUUAAGGCUCAGCUGGUGUGGCCUUACACAGAAAUGCUGCAAUCACAUCGGCUCAGCUCUCAGCUCUGACUCUGCCCACCUCAGAGAGCUGGACCUGAGUGGAAACAACCUGCAGGGUCCAGACAUACAGCAGCUCUGUGCUGGACUGAGUAGUCCACACUGUAAACUGGAGACAUUAAGGUUAAACGAGUGCAAUCUCCAGAAAUGCUGUGCUGAUUUGGCCUCAGUCCUCAGCUCUGACGCCGGUCACCUGAAGGAGCUUGAUCUGAGUGGGAACGACCUGCAGGACUCAGAAGUGGAGCUGCUCUCUGUUGGACUGGCGAGUCCGAGCUGUAAACUGGAGACGUUAAGGCUGUCAUUCUGUGGAGUCACUGAGAAAGACUGCACUUAUUUGGCUUCAGCCCUGCGCUCCAACCCUUCUCACCUGAGGCAGCUGGACCUCAGCUACAACUACCUGCAGGACUCUGGAGUGAAGCUGAUCUCUGUUCAUUGGAACGACCCGCUCUGUAAACUGGAAAAAUUCAGUGUGGACUAUAAUGCAGAGUGCUACUUGAAAUCAACACUGAAAAACUAUGCAUGUACGCUGACGUUGGACACAAACACAGCCGCCAAGUCUCUCUUUCUGUACGACAGUGGGAAGCAGGUGACGUGGGUCAGGGAGAACCAGCAGUACCCAGAUCACCCCGAUAGGUUCGAGAGCGUCUCCCAGGUGCUGUGUCACCAAGGCCUCACCCAACGCCACUACUGGGAGGUGGAGUGGCGAGGACGCUGGGUGGACGUCGCCGUGGCGAUGAGGGGGAUCCGCCGCAGGGCGGGCUCUCACCUCUGUGGGUUUGGUUACACAGACCAGUCCUGGAGUCUGUACUGCUCUGAGGAUCACUACAGUGCUCAGCACGACCACCAGCCUGUGGAAAUACCAGCACCUCCGUCUCGCUCCCACAGGGUGGGAGUGUAUCUGGACUGGCCGGGCGGCACCCUGUCCUUCUACAGCGUCUCCUCUGGGACCCUCAGCCACCUUCACACAUUCUACAGCACCUUCACUGAGCCUCUGUACCCCGGGUUUGGGAUGGAGGAGGAUGACUGCUCUGUCACUAUUUGCAUGGUGAAGGGUCUGCAAGAACUCAUUUCUCGGUCAGCUAGUGCAGAAAGACUUGAGGAAUUCUGAGUGCAGGUUGAUUUGGGAAAAUAAUUGAGAUUUUAAGGAAAUGGUGUUUUUCUAUGGGAUGAAGAUCAUGCCAUAUCUCCAAACUGAAAAAAAAAACUUAGAAAGGUUGAAAUCAAAUUAAAAAGGUUUUGCAAGAUUGAAACUAAGUUUUGAAGGCUUGCAUAAUGUUUUGAUUGACAAUUUCAAAUCUCUGCAAACAUUAUUUUGUAUUUGAGUUUUCCUUUUUCUGUUUGGAGAUAUGGCAUGAUAUUCAUUCCAUAUUUUUCUGCUCUCAGAGGCUGGCAGCAAGGCUGGAGAAUGAUGUGAUGAAUAGGAAAAAAGAGAAUUCUGCAUUUUCACUUACGCUGUCUAACUUUUUCAUUUUAAACUUAUUUUAUAGUUUGUAGUAAAUUCAUACCUGGAAAACAAAAUAUAUAUGUAUAUAUGAAAACAUGGAUAUUGUAAAAAAAAGAAAAAGAAAAAAAGGAUAUAUAUAUGCGUGUGUGUGUUAAUUUGGUAGCAUCUUUCAUUAAAAAAGGUUUCUGUUAAACAGCCAACUUUCCAUCUAUAAUCUUCCAUCCUGCACAUAAAUGCACCAUAUUAGAACACACUGACACAUACUUUUCAAGUCAAAUGCUGCCAAUGAGCAAGGGAAAAAAUCUUCCAACAAUCUACAGCCAUGCUAGCAGCUCUGUGAGGUUGUACUUAUGUAAAGCUGCGCUUUGAGCUCAAUGCUAACGUCAUCAUUCUAACAUGUUCAAAAUGACAAUGCUAACAGGCUGAUGUUCAGCUGCUAUAAUGUUUACCAUGUUCACCAUUUUAGUUUAGCGUGUCAGCAUGCUCAACUUUGCUAAUUGGCACUAUAUAUAUGAAUUGGAAAAAAAAAAAAGAGAUUUCUGAAUUUUCACUCAAGCUGUCUAAUUUUUAAACUAAAAUGGAUUUUAAACUUUUUUUUCAGUUGUCACAAUCAGACCUUAAGGACAAUAAAUAUGACCACAUUUUUUUAUUAAAAAGGUUUCUCUUAAACAGCCAACUGUAAAUUUUCAAGUUACCAUUACAUUUGCUAAUUUGGACUCAGUAUAGCUGAGGCUGAUGUGGGACACAAAUGUCUGGAUCAAAUUUCAUGGCAAUCCAAUAGCUGUUGAGAUAUUUGGCUCAAAACCGCAAAUGUCAUGCUCAUGGUGGCAACAGAGGAAAAGGCAGGGGAUCAUCAAAGUCAUUAGGAUACAUCAUCUGGGAACCAUGAAUACAUAAUUUGAUGCCAAUCCGUCAAGCAGAUGAAGAGAUAUUGUGAGUGAUGAGUGAAUAGUUUGACCUGCUGGUGGCACUAUAUGAACAUUUAGGGGGUCGAGUAAGUCACUAGGAUUCAUCCUCUGGGGACCAUAAAUAUCUGUACCAAAUUCCAUGGCAAACCAUCCAACAGUUGUCGAGACAUUUCACAAAAAUGUCAACCUCCUGAUGACGCUAGAGUAAGAGUCAGGGAAGUCAAAGUGACAAAGUCAGUAGGAUUCAUCCUCUGGGGACCAUGCAUGUCUGUACAAAAAUGAAUGGCAAAAAAUUCAAAGGAGUUGGUAAUUGUAUUAGUCUGUGGAAUUCAAAGGUGACAUCUCCUAUCCCAUGCUGUUUCACAGCCAUGAAAAAGGAAAGCAUGAUGUUCAUUCCAUAUUUUUCUGCUCUCAGAGGCGGGCAGCAAGGCUGGAGAAUAUGUGAUGAAUAGGAAAAAAGAGAAUUCGCCAUUUUCACUUACACUGUUUAACUUUUUCAUUUUAAACUUAUUUUAUAGUUUGUAGUAAAUUCAAACCUGGAAAACAAAAUAUAUAUGUAUCUAUGAAAGCAUGGAUAUUGUAAAAAAAAAAAGAAGAAAAAAAAGAGGA